AUGGCGGCGGCGGAGCAGGAGCAGGCCCCCGUCCCCGCCCCGAGCAGCGGGGGGAAGCGGCGCUCCAAGGCGCAGUUCCUGCCGGCCAAGCGGCCCCGGCGCGGCUGCGGGCCUCGGCAGCUGGAGCCCGGCCUGCAGGGCAUCCUCAUCACCUGCAACAUGAACGAGCGCAAGUGCGUGGAAGAGGCCUACAGCCUCCUCAACGAGUACGGCGACCUCCUCUACGGCCCGGAGAAGUUUACAGAUAAGGAUGAUAAACCACCAGGGAGCGAAGAGGAUGAUGACAUGGAAGCUGCCUUGAAGAAGGAAGUCAGUGAGAUUCGGGCCUCCAACGAAAUGAAGUUAAGACGAUUCCAGUCCGUGGAGAGUGGAGCAAAUAACGUGGUCUUCAUUAGGACGCUUGGCAUAGAGCCUGAAAAGCUAGUGCAUCAUAUCUUGCAGGACAUGUAUACCACUAAAAAGAAGAAAACCCGGGUUAUUUUGCGCAUGUUGCCCAUAUCGGGCACAUGCAGGGCUUUCCUAGAAGAUAUGAAAAAGUACGCUGAGACCUUCUUGGAACCUUGGUUUAAGGUUCCUAAUAAAGGAACAUUCCAGAUUACUUACAAAGCUCGUAAUAACAACCACUUGAACAGAGAAGAAGUCAUCCAAGAAUUAGCAGGAAUAGUGUGCAACCUAAAUCCUGAAAACAAAGUGGACCUUAGCAAUCCACAGUACACGGUCAUCGUAGAAAUCAUCAAAUCUGUCUGUUGCCUGAGUGUGGUGAAGGAUUAUAUGUUGUUCAGAAAAUAUAACCUUCAGGAGGUGGUGAAGAGUAGCAAGGAGGUGGGGCAGACGAAGCCAGCUCAGGCAGCAGCUCCAGAGGGAAAUGGAGAAAGAGCCAAGCUGGAGAACAAAACCCAAUUAAAGGAGGAGCCCAAAUCCAAUGAAGGUGAUGCUGAAGAAGAUAAAAAGAGUAGUCCGACUGUAUUAGAGAGCAGUAAGGUUGUGGGGCAGCCAGACCCAGCUUCCGAAACCCAAGAAGAAAACGGGAAGGAAAUCAAACCGGAAAAUGGCAGCCAAGACAGGGAGGAAUCCAAAUAAGAUGAAAGUGAUCUGCCUGGAAAGAAAAAGUAAUCAAAGAGGGAAGGGGGCGGGAUAGGAGAGAGAAACCAACAGCAGCUUUCCAAGUGAACUGUUCAAAUUCAGAUGACAGAAUUGGCUCCGGAGGAAAGCUUGAUCCUAAACGCUAAAGGUUACGCAGAAAUGUUCAGUUAGAAACUCCUUUCAGCUAAACAGCAGCAGUCGUAUUUAUUGGAUGCCUCAAGGACUGUUAAGUUUCUAGGUCAGCAACCUAAUCUCCUAUUACUGUUUGGUUACUGGGCUUUUGGGAUGGGCCUCUGAAUUAAGAGAAAGGACGCUUUGCUAGUAUAAAGUUUGUUGGUUCAAGAACUGCUGGCCUGCAGUGGGCUGCUUUGUUAGAUUGUGUUGCUAGUUGAACGUGCCCUCCCAAGGUACGGUGGUGAUUGUGGAGGAAAUACUAGUGCCUCAGAGGCGUUACGGAGAGGGGUUUUAGAGGAGAAAGCAGGCUGAGGUCUUUCUGUUGGAUCCUUGUUUUUAGCAAGGUGGAGAUAUUUAGUUCCUUUACAGGGGAGAUGAGCCCAGGAACGUCCCCCUCUUCCCCACAUUGAGAGCUCGGGAGAAAAAGCACCAGAAGGUGUAAAAAAAAAAUGGCCAUAUAUGUUUUUUUAUCCACCGUAGGUCCCUGGAUGAUAGGUCCCUUUUUCAGAUCAUUUCUGAAAGUUAUUUUAAUACCAUUCAUGUUUGUUUCUGAGUUUUUAUAUUGGCUAUGUGAUUAAAAAAAAAAAUCUCACGUAAACAGAUCUUCCCCGUUAGUAAUUCUUGGUACUCUGCAGUGCUUGGUGUUGAAGAUAUUUGCCAUUCAGCAUGGGCUUUCAGUUUCCCAGGCUGUUUGGACACCAACAUUGCAGUUUUAAGCGACAGAUUCCAAGAUGGGGUGAGAAUUGAAUGGUUUUGUUUUUUAAACCUUGGAACUCAGAUCGGUUAACUCAACAGCUCCACUUCAUUUUAGUGGUUUGCUAACUUGUUUUUGCCGGGUAGAGAAGAGUGUGUAAACUCUUGUUGCAAAGUAUGCCUGAAGGUAACUUGUUCAGUAUGAUUUUAAAAGUCAGCAAUGCUCAACGGUGUACUUUCUCAUUUUGAUUUUGUGACUGAUUACUGGCAAAUAUGCCUGUAAUGUUUCUCAGUGUUCACAGUUCCUUUUAAGAAAUUUGAAAAUAAACUUCUCUUUAGUGA